GAAAUGGCAAUGAUUUCUCUCUACAUUUGGCUUUCUGCAGUCCUGCUGUCAGUCUCUGUGCACGGAUCUAAGAUUUAUGUUAAUGGUUGGUCAAUGACAAUCGCGGAUGGAGUGCGGGCUGAGGAAGGAGGCUCCGCUGUCUUACCCUGCAGCUUCACCCACCCUGACACCAACCUCACACUCACCGGCUCCAUCUUAUGGUACAAGAUAAAACCACAGUCUUGUAUCUUUAAUUGUACAUAUCCUGGUCCAGACCAUUCCCAGGGUGAGCUGUGUGAGAAUGUGAUACAGCGGGAUGAUGGGAAUCGAUUCAGAUUCGUGGGGAAUCUCACCAACAACGAUGCCUCAAUAAUGAUGGAGGGACUGAGCCUGAGGGAUGCUGGUUUCUAUCUGUGUUAUGUGGAGCUCAAGAUUGGCAGAAUUAAACCAAAGAUUCUAACAAAUCUGGAAGUGAAAGCUGCUCGGGGAAAUAUCCCAGUGGUGAGUGGGACAGAGGGAGAUUCAGUUACUUUACCCUGUAUUUUCAUGGCCAGAGACUCCCAUACCCUGACCACUGUUACCUGGAUGAGGAAGGAGCCCUACCAACACAUCGUUACAUUUACAGCCCAAUCACAGGGAACUUGGACAACUGGACACGGUGGAAAUCGGUACGAGCUCAUCGGGAACUCAGAGGAGGGAAACGCCUCGACCAGGAUAAACCAGCUGAGUGUGAGGGACAAUCACACUUACCUGUGUCUGGUGGAAUACAGGUCAAAACGCAAUUUUCGAUUUUAUCAGUACCUGAUCCAGAAAGAGGUACAGCUGCAGGUCGUACCUGGAACUUUCCCCAUUGUGAUAUUAUGUAUUCCACUUGUGGUGAAACUCCCUCCUCUCCUGGUGAUGUGGAUCAUUUUAUACAAGCAAAAAACCAGGUAUGGAAUAUCGCUGGCAGACUCUUAUCUACAAAUGCCUAAAGCUUGA